AUGAAGGAUUUCCCUGGGACACCGGGCACUGUCCUUGGUUUGGUUCUAAGGAUGUCACAGUUCAUUUUUGCUGCUGGAUCAAUUGCUUCCAUGGCUACCACUCCCAGUUUCUUUAAUUUCACGGCCUUUUGUUACUUGAUAGCUUCAAUGGGUUUACAAGUCAUUUGGAGUUUUGUGCUUGCUGUAUUGGAUGCAUAUGCCUUGGUGAGAAAGAAAGUCCUCCACAACGCCGUACUGAUUAGCCUCUUCGUAGUUGGAGAUUGGGUAACAGCAACACUAUCUCUAGCUGCAGCGUCUUCCUCAGCCGGCAUCACAAUCUUGUACUUCAAUGAUCUGGGACACUGCCGUUUUGGAGAGGAAUGCCAAAAGUACCAGAUUUCAGUAGCCUUGGCCUUUUUCAGCUGGUUACCGAUUUCAAUAUCAUCCCUAAUUAUGCUCUGGGUAUUAGCUGCAGCGUAG